GCGGCGACGUGGGCGGUGGAUGCGGGCCGCGCCGCUGCGAUGGAGGGGCUUUACCACCAGACCAACAAACAAGUCCAUGAGGUCCAAUCUCACAUGGGGCGUCUGGAGACAUCAGAUAAACAAUCAGUACACUUAGUAGAAAAUGAGAUUCAGGCAAGACUAGACAAUAUAUUUAGUAACUUGGAACGUCUGGAAAUCCUGUCCAGCAAAGAACCCCCCAAUAAGCGCCAGAAUGCUAAACUCCGAGUUGACCAGCUGAAGUAUGAUGUUCAGCAUCUGCAGACGGCCCUGAGGAACUUUCAACAUCGCCGUUAUGUCCGGGAGCAGCAAGAACGACAGCGAGAAGAGUUGCUUGCACGUACAUUCACUACUAAUGACUCUGACACCACCAUACCGAUCGACGAAACAUUACAGUUUAAUGAAUCCCUGCAGAAUGCCCAUCGUGGCAUGGAUGAUCUUAUUGGCAGUGGGACCAACAUCCUUCAGGGGCUGAGGGACCAGAGAGUGACACUAAAGGGUACUCACAAGAAGAUCUUGGAUGUUGCCAACAUGUUGGGCUUAUCCAAUACAGUGAUGCGACUGAUUGAGAAGCGAGCCUUUCAAGAUAAAUACUUCAUGAUUGGGGGAAUGAUUUUGACUUGUGUAAUUAUGUUUCUUGUGGUGCAGUAUCUAACAUGAGCUACUGAACUACUGCCAUAGGAGAUCCUCUUUUGGAGCAAAAUGGACUGCCCUCCAAAAUGUACUGCCUACUUUACUCUGAGUGCUGCUUUGGAUGAGCCCUUCCUGUGAACAUCAGAGUUUACAAAUCACACUCAAAUUCACAUCUCAUGUGGAAAUCACCUAGGGGAACAAAUUUCACUGAGGAUGCUGUAGUUAAGGAUAUGACCCUGUGAAAGUCUGUAGCCUUUCCUAUUCUCACCUUACUGUCUGUAGGUUUAAGAAUCUGGUUAAGUAGGAAGCAGGAGAAGUGAAUACAGCCCAGCUGUAUUGCAAGGUAUGAGUGCUCUUUUGGGUAGACAGGAGAAGAGGAUGCAGAGGCAGAGUAUGAGAUGUAGUGAGCCUUUCUUGUGCUAACUAGAAGUGAUCUAUUUCCUACAGAAAGGAAGCCACUGGCGAGCAUUCUGCAUUUUUUGGGCGUACUCCUGCAGAGUAAGUGUGCAAAAAGAGGCAGGAAGUGAAGGGUUCACAUCUACAUACCCUUUUUCUGGGAGGGAGGAAGAUUUGGG